UGACCACAAAACCAUCUCACCUCUGCUGAGAUUUUGCUUCAAAGUCUCGACUUGUCAUCAUCGUCAUCAUUCUGUGGGAGAGUCAACCUGCCACAGUUUCACUGAUCCACAGGAGGAAAGUUCUUUCUUCGGGAACAGGGCUUCAUUCUGAGGUGUGUCCGGCUCUGAAGCGCUGAUGAUGGGAGUGUGUGUCAGAGCAGCAGCUCUGGCUGUGGUGCUGCAGCAGCUGGUGCUCGCUGUCACAGCUCAGGGAAUGGUCUACGACCUGCUGGUGUCUCCAGACUGCCUUCCAGACCUGCUCCAGGGAAGCCUGAAGAAAAAUGGGCGAGAUGAAGCUUUCCUCCUCACGUCCUUCAGGCUCCACAACAAGGCUCCCACCUCUCUGUUCAGUGUCAUCAAUCCCAAAGACAACACCAAGUACCUGGAGCUCAGCAUCCAGGCCAAACUGAGCAAAGUGACUGUUCGUUACCAGAAGACUGACGGCAGAUUCGGUACAACUAGUUUCAACCAUGCAUCCCUGGCAGAUGGGCGCGACCAUCAUGUGAUGCUGCAUGCCAGCGGUCUGCAGCAUGGCCCACCUCGCCUCAACAUCUACGUGGACUGCAGACUUGCUCACACCUUGGAUGAUCUUCCAGCUGCGUUUGGGUCAGUGCCACCCGGUCCCAACAGGGUGGCACUCAGGACUCUGCAGUCAAGUGGACAGGAUAAACUGACAGACUUGAAGCUGGUGAUAGAGGACACCAUAGACAAUGUGGCCACUCUGCAGGACUGUAGCGUAGAUCAGGUUGAAUCUGUGCAGCUGCUGGGUAUCCAGGGAGGCAGAAUGGUUCAAGACCAGACCAGCAUGCUGGAGCUGAAGGCCAUGUUGUCUGAGAUGAAGGAGCUGCUCCACCAGCAGAUUAAGGAGACAAAUUUCCUGAGGAAUACCAUCGCAGAGUGUCUGGCAUGUGGACCUGAUGGCAAUCCGACCAAGCCACGUCCAGGUCCAGGUCCUGGAAAAGUUGACCUGGAUCCUGCGCCUCUGAUUCAGUGCCCACCUGGGACCUGUUUCAGACAGAACAUGUGUAUUCCUUCAAACUCAGGACGUUUCCAAUGUGCCCCCUGUCCUGAUGGAUUUACAGGAGACGGGGUGCACUGUGAUGAUGUAGAUGAGUGCAAGUUUAAUCCAUGUUUCCCUGGCGUCCGGUGCGUGAACACUGCUCCAGGUUUUCGCUGUGAGAAAUGUCCUCUGGGAUACACUGGACCACUGUUAACUGGAGUGGGAGUGUCUUACGCUAAGACAAACAAACAGGUGUGUGAAGAUAUCGAUGAGUGUCUGGGCCCGCCUGACAAUGGAGGUUGUACCGCCAACUCAGACUGUCACAACACUAUGGGCUCCUUCCGCUGUGGAAACUGUAAAUCUGGUUUCACAGGUGACCAGGUGAGAGGCUGCCAUGGUAGCCGGCUCUGCCCCAACGGCCAACCCAACCCUUGUGACAUCAAUGCCGAGUGCAUCGUGGAAAGAGACGGCAGCAUUAGCUGUGCGUGCGGUGUUGGUUGGGCUGGCAACGGCUAUGUGUGUGGAAAGGACACAGAUAUUGACGCACAUCCUGACAAUACACUCCAGUGCAGAGACAGCACCUGUAAGCAGGACAAUUGUGUGUUUGUGCCAAACUCUGGCCAAGAAGAUGCAGACAGGGACGGGAUGGGUGAUGCAUGUGAUGACGAUGCAGACAGUGACGGCAUUAUGAACAUAGAUGAUAAUUGCUGGCUGGUUCCAAAUGUGAACCAGAAAAACAGCGAUAAGGAUGUUCAUGGUGAUGCCUGUGAUAACUGCAAGACAGUUGAGAAUCCCUCACAGAGGGACACAGACCAGGACGGUCUGGGGGAUGAAUGCGAUGAUGACAUGGAUGGGGAUGGUUUGAAAAAUAUUCUUGACAACUGCCAGCGAGUCCCCAACCCAGACCAGAAGGACAGAGACAGUGACGGAGUGGGAGACGCCUGUGACAGUUGUCCUGAUAUGGCAAAUCCUAACCAGUCUGACUCAGAUGAUGACCUUGUGGGUGACACCUGUGAUGACAACAUAGACAGUGAUGGUGACGGCCACCAAAACACAAAAGACAACUGUCCCAACGUCAUUAACUCCUCACAGCUGGACACGGACAAGGAUGGAAUGGGGGAUGAAUGUGAUGAUGAUGACGAUAACGAUGGCAUACUGGAUGACGAAGACAACUGCAGACUGGUUCCCAACCCAGACCAAGAGGACUCUAAUAAGGACAAAGUUGGAGACGCAUGUGAAGGAGACUUUGACAAAGACAAUGUCAUCGACAUAAUCGACCACUGCCCAGAGAAUGCUGAGGUCACGUUGACCGACUUCAGAGCCUAUCAGACCGUGGUGCUGGACCCAGAGGGAGACUCUCAGAUCGACCCCAACUGGGUGGUUCUCAACCAAGGCAUGGAGAUAGUCCAGACCAUGAACUCUGACCCUGGCCUCGCUGUUGGCUACAAAGCGUUCAGCGGAGUUGACUUUGAGGGAACGUUCCACGUGAACACAGUGACAGAUGAUGACUACGCCGGCUUCAUUUUCGGCUACCAGGACUCUUCCUCUUUCUAUGUCGUGAUGUGGAAACAGACGGAACAAACCUACUGGCAGGCCGCACCCUUCAGAGCUGUCGCUGAGCCUGGAAUACAGCUCAAGGUGGUGAAAUCUAAGACAGGCCCUGGUGAGUAUUUGAGGAACUCCCUGUGGCAUACAGGAAACACCCCCGACCAGGUACGUCUCCUGUGGAAAGACCCCAGGAACGUUGGCUGGAAGGAUAAGGUUUCCUACCGCUGGUUCCUCCAGCACAGACCUCAGGUUGGAUACAUCAGGGCUCGCUUUUUUGAGGGCUCAAACCUGGUUGCGGACACAGGGAUUAUAACUGACACCAGUAUGAGAGGAGGCCGACUGGGUGUGUUCUGCUUCUCUCAGGAAAAUAUCAUCUGGUCCAAUUUGAAGUAUCGCUGCAACGACACUAUUCCUGCUGACUACCAGGAUUAUCCUGCAGCACAGACUGAACUCAGAGAUGGGCUGUGAUCCAUCCAGGAAGAAACUGAGCCCUGAUGAAAACAAAGAUACAAGGGGCAGAGCUGCACAGCUGAGAGCAAUCAGGUUCUAAGUCAGAGAAAGAAAGAUAAAUGUAAAAGGGAACAUGAUGAACCAUCCUGUUAAAGGCAUUAUAACUUUGCUGUAGAGUGAAAGAGUCUUAGAAAAGCAUAACAUUGGGCAUUGUAUACUUAAAUGAUUGUAACUGAAGCCAGUACAUUCCUUUAUAAUCAGCACUUACUGCUUGUUUUUGCUAUGCAAUAUCGCCUCCAGUUUAAUACAAACUUUAUGAGCACAACUACAAUACUGUUUUUUAGAAUAUAUUGUACAAAUUAAGUACAAUAAAAUCCUGAGCAUUUUGCAACAUCUA